AUGGACAGUAUCAAAAAAUUAGAAUCUUCAGAAAGUGUAGGCCAAAAAGACCCAGAGUUCAAUAUUAAUUCGGUCAUACAUCAGAAAUGUAAAAAUGAAGAUUCUUCGUUCUGUUCAAUAAAAGAUGGUGAGUUAAAGAGAACGUUCUCUAUUUGGUCUAUUUUGGGUAUUGGGUUUGGAUUGACUAAUUCUUGGUGGGGCGUAUCAGCUGGACUAGUAGUAGGUAUUCAAUCAGGAGGACCUAUGAUGAUUGUGUAUGGUGUAAUCAUUAUUGCCUGUGUAUCAACUUGUGUUGGAAUUACAUUAUCUGAAAUGUCAUCUGCAAUUCCUUCUGCAGGUGGUCAGUAUGUGUGGACAAGAGUGUUAUCACCAAAAAAAUACUCCGGCUUUCUUGCUUACUUAUGUGGAUCAUUUGCUUGGGCUGGUGCCGAGUUCAUGAGCGCCUCUAUUACUCUCAGUAUUGCUGAAGAAAUCAUGGCAUUCUGGGUUUUGAUGCAUCCAGAUUUUGAGAUUCAAAAAUGGCAUAAUUUUUUGAUUUUCCAGCUUAUGAACAUUUUCUUAUUUAUUUUCAACUGUCACGGUAGGUUUUUACCAACAUUUGCCAAAAGUGCAAUCUAUGUAUCUUUAUUUUCGUUCUUAGUUACCGGAAUUACUGUAGUUGUAUGUGCUAGAGGUCAUUACCAAUCGGCCAACUAUGUUUUUGCCAAAUUCGAAAACAAUACUGGGUGGUCCAAUUCUGGUAUAGCUUUUAUUGUGGGUUUGAUAAACCCCAACUGGUCUUUUGGAUGUUUAGAUUGUGCUACUCAUUUGGCAGAAGAGGUGUAUAAUCCAGCGAGAGACAUUCCAAUUGCAAUUUUAGGUACCGUCGCAAUCGGAUUUGUUACUGCAUUUUGUUAUUGUAUUGCAAUGUUUUUUUCAAUUCGAGACUUUAGCGAUAUUUUGAAUUCAAGGACCGGUUAUCCUCUCUUUGAUAUUUACUACCAGGCGUUGGGAAAUACAGCCGGUACAAUUUGUCUUGGAGUUUUAGUAUUCAUUACCGCAAUUUUUUGUAUGAUCUCUUGUCAUACAUGGCAAGCAAGGUUAUGUUGGUCUUUUAGUAGAGAUAACGGAUUUCCAUUUUCCAAGUAUUUAUCCUUAGUUGAUCCUAAGGCAGGUGUUCCCUUGAAUGCUCAUCUUUUUUCUUGCAUAUGGGUUGCAGUUUUAGGCUGCUUAUAUAUGAUUUCAGAUGCUGCAUUCAAUUCGAUGGUGACAGGUAGCAUUACUUUCAUGUAUCUAAGUUAUGCUGUACCAACUUUGUGUUUAUUGUACAGAGGGCGUGAUAAGAUUAAACAUGGACCUUUUUGGAUGGGCAAAAUCGGUUUUGUUUCUAAUAUUGUCACCUGUUUAUGGACACUUUUUGCAUUAAUAUUUUAUUCAUUUCCUUCUUACAUGCCUGUUACUGGUGGCAGUAUGAAUUAUGUUUCUGUUGUUAUUUUUAUUUAUCUUCUUUGGACCUUAUUUUAUUGGUGGAUACCUUUGAACGGAUCCUCAUGUAGAGACAAUUUUGCAGGUGGUGAAGACAAUAAUGAGAAGGAUGAAUUUUCAGAUGUUUGCUUAGAGGAAUAA